GUUUCUGGUCUACAAGCAACAUGGCGGCCCCCAUAAAGAACAUUAGUUUAUAAUAAAAUUAGUUUAUAGGGAACCUUCACUUACCUGAGUCUUAGUAUCUGUUGCCAUUAAUCUGGAAAGUACACAAAGUACUAUAUUUAUCUUCUACUAGAGUAACUGCGUGCGUCUCACAUGUUGACAAAGAAGCUCCUGCCUGCACAGAGUUUCCAGCUUCUGGUCUCCAGGAACGUGGGUCACCUCAGCAGGCAGCGCUACGAUGUCAUCGUGGUGGGUGGGGGUCAUGCGGGGACUGAGGCYGCGGCUGCAGCAGCCAGGGUGGGAGUGGACACGCUCCUGGUUACUCAGAAAAUACACACCGUGGGCGCCCUGUCCUGUAACCCAUCUCUGGGAGGAAUAGGGAAGGGUCACCUUGUGAGGGAGGUAGAUGCUCUGGAUGGGCUGUGCGGUCGAGCUGGAGACUGGGCUGGGAUUCAUUUCUCCAUCCUGAAUCGUAGAAAAGGGCCCGCCGUGUGGGGGCCAAGAGCCCAACUGGACCGCCAGCUCUACCGGGAUUUCAUCCAGUCAGAGCUGCUGUCCACUCCCAGGCUGACGGUGUUGGAGGGCUCAGUGGAGGAGCUGCUGUUAACGGAUCCAAAUCCAGACGAGCCGGGACCCCACAGGGUCUCUGGGAUACGCUUGGCCAACAGCGGCCAGUCGAUCUCAGCAGCCUCCGUGGUUCUCACCACCGGUACUUUCUUGUCCGGCUCCCUCUUCAUGGGCCAGACCACGUCCCCCGGGGGGCGGAUCGGCGACGCUCCGUCGAGCGCGGGGCUGUCACACACCCUGAGGGAGAGGCUGGGCCUGAAGGUCGGCAGGCUGAGGACCGGGACCCCCCCGAGGAUCCUGAAGGACUCGGUGGACCUGUCCCUGGCCGAACUGCACCCUCCUGACAGCUGUCCGACACCGUUUAGCUUCAUGAACACACAAACACGCUGCAAGCCAGAGGAGCAGCUGCCUUGCUACCUGACCAGAACCACUCCUGGUGUGGAGAAGAUUGUGAGGGAGAGUCUUCAUCUUAACUGCCACAUACAGCAAGACACCAAAGGCCCCAGAUACUGUCCUUCCAUCGAGUCGAAAGUGCUGCGUUUUUCAGGUCGAAGUCAUCAGGUGUGGUUAGAGCCCGAGGGGCUGACCUCUGACCUCUUAUACCCUCAGGGCCUGUCCAUGACCAUGCCCCCCGAGGUUCAGCUCCGCCUCAUCAGAGAAAUCCCUCCCUUGCACAGAGCUGAGAUCCACACACCCGGUUACGGUGUACAGUACGACUUCGUGUGUCCCACCCAGCUGAGCCCUUCGCUGCAGGUGAAAAACACCCAGGGCCUCUUCCUGGCGGGUCAGAUCAACGGGACAACGGGCUACGAGGAGGCCGCAGCACAGGGGCUGUGGGCAGGGGUGAACGCCGCCCGCAGGUCACUCUCCAUGCCACAGGUGGCACUGUCCCGAACAGAGAGCUACAUCGGAGUUCUCAUUGAUGAUCUGAUAAGCCGAGGAGUCACGGAGCCGUAUCGCAUGUUCACCAGCCGGGCUGAGUUUCGGACCUUGCUGAGGCCGGACAACGCCGACCUUCGCCUCACAUUGAAAGGGUUUGAGUUGGGAUGCGUGUCGCCCUCGCGCUACCAGGAGGCAGUGAGAGUGAAGAACAGCCUCCGAGAUGCAAUGGCUGCCCUCCGGGCGGUCAGUCUGUCCUCCACCCACUGGAGGGAAAGGCUGCCUGACAUCGGCCUGAGUGAAAACAAGAUGAGCAAGCUGACUGCAAUGGAAAUCCUUCAGCACACGGACACAACGUUUGAAAUGCUGGCGUCUGUUUUCCCAGAGUCCUUUUCACCUUACAUGGAAUUUGCACAGAGACUCAGGAUAGAGGCUGUGUACAAGUAUCUCUGUGACAUAAGCAGGAGGGAUAUUAAGAGAAUCCAAAAGGAGGAGAACAUGUCUUUGCCACAGGAUGUCGAUUACUUCUCUUUGUCGUCUCUGUCUAUGGAGGUCAGAGAGAUCCUGGACAGAUAUCGACCGAGCACACUGGGCGCUGCUACUCGCUUGGAAGGCAUGACACCAGCUGCGAUCCAGGUUCUCUUCCAAUAUGUGUCCAUUGCAGAGAAACAGAAGGAAAUAAUGCAAAGACAGCAACAAAACCAGAGCGAGGACAAAGAGGACCUGUGUGCAAGAAAUGUUUCUUUACCUCAGUGAUAGAUGCAUUUACAAUGUAAAAAAAAAACUAUGUAUUCUUGUAAAAUAAGUAAAUAGAAAAUAUUCCAUGACAAUACAUCACAGUUGUUUGCCUACUGCUGAACAGAAUGACUUGUUUAGUAAAGUAGUUUYAACCAAAUAAAACACAUUAAAGUCA